AUGGAGAAUAAAUUGGUUUAGCAGCUUUACCCUAAUACACAAUUUAAUUAAAUUUUCAAAUCAAAACAUAAGUAUAAAAUGUCUUAACCAAAUAAAUAUAAUAAUAACCUUAAAAACAUGAAAUUCAAAGUUUAGUAUCUAAAGAACCAACUUAUUCAAAAGUCAGUUAAAUUUAAUACAGAAAUUAAAAUAAAAAAGAAAUUAGAAAUUAUUUAAACUGAUCAUUUAGCACCAAAAAAAUAAUUAAUUGUUUAUCUUCUUUAAUCCAUUAAUAUUAAUAUUAUCUUGUAGGAGAUGUUUCAAAUAUGUUUUUAUGAAAUGUUGUUAAAUAUGCUCUAAAUAGUCUAAGGCAAUUUAAAAAUUAAUUAAAAAAAUUUUAUUGAUUAACUAAUAAAAUUAUAUCAACAUUGGAUUAAAUUGAUUGAUAAUUAGAGCGCCACAAUCUUGAGAAUGAAUAAGGAAAUAGAUUUACCAUCUAUAAUUAGAUGA